UUGGACCCGAUGGCCUCCGUGGCCCCUACCAACUCUACUAUGAUUCUAGGAGGAGCAAGGCCAGGGGGCUUCCGCCAUGCUGGGGUGGGACCCUUGCCAGUCGCCUGCAUGCCUGCCUUCGGUGCUGGCGCCACUCGGGUCCUUCUGGAGCUCUCAGUGGCAGAAGAGCAGCUGAAGACUUGGGGCAGAGGCGGUGCAGGGCACGUCGUGGCACAGCCGGGCGCUUCCUGCUGCUCCCACGAGAUAAGGUGGGGCACGCCUGCCGCUGAGGAAGCCCUGGAGCCGGAAACCUCACUGCGGGGGUGCCUCCUUCAGCCAGCCCACAAACCUUGCAAUCCUUGAUACGGGGCCGCAAAAGCGGCCCUGGGGCCUUGCCUUCUUGCUUAGACACGCAAACGCAGGGCGCCUCUCGGACUUCUACCCCUGAGCAGAUUUGCAGAGCGAUCCUGGGGCGGAAGGGCACGCACCAACUCGCUGUGGGCCGGUGAGAGGAAAAGCGUGAUGGCAGGAAAAAGCACCUCCAAGCGGACAGAAGUCCUACAAUUCCCAGCGUGCUCCAGCCGGCAAAGCUGGCAAGGGUGCUUCUUCGCAUCUUUACACCGGAGUAAGGUUGCCGAAAGUCACCAUUGCCUGAAUGCCCGAGGCAAAUGUCUGAUGAAGGGCAAAGGCAGAAGCUCUGCUGUUAAGCAGCAGGAAACUUGUAAUGUUUGGUUGGAUACUUCAGCACUGAAAAAGAGCAAAUUACAGAACCUAAUAGGCAAGCCGGUGUUAAGAGCAGUGAACCGACCAUCUCCUUGUUUGGAGCCAACAAAAGCACCUGUUCCAUUCACCAAGCAAACCACCAUUUCCACUUUCUUCAGUGCUCAGCAAGCAGAGGAAAGGAGAACCAAUGCAGAUAAAAAGCUGUCAGGUCCUUCAUCCAACAGUGUCUCCAACCUGAGAGACUCUGAGUUGUCCAAGGGGGCAGGAGUCCCAUUACGAGCUGCUCUGCUCCAGCCACUAGAACUGCAAGAGCCUGCAGAGACGCCACAAGGGUUCAACAUUCCUCCUUCAAGUUCUGCUACUCCGCCCCAAAGAGCGGGAUGCAUCUUCCCAUCUUCCAAGGUAAACGUCUCUGCUGCAGAACUGCUCUCCUCCGGCUCCACUCAGCACCUAGGAGAAAAGGGAGUUCUUGAUCCUGCAGCUGCCGAUGCACCUUUGAGAGAGGGAAAUGGUGUCUGGAAGAGAGAAUCCUUGUUUUCUCAGAGUAGCCACAACCUUCCAAGAGUUUCAGCUAGACAAAGAACCAAAGUUCAGAGAAAAUACAGAUGUCCAUCCUCUUGCAGUGAUUUCUCUGACUCUGAGAAUAUAAAUCCUCAACAGGAGAAAAGUGUAAUAAAAGUGAAGACUUUGAAGAGCGUUGAUAGAACUGCAUCUGACCUUUGUUUGAAAACCAGCAAUGCCACUUCUGAUUUUGGUAAAGGACAUGAGACCACCCAGGUAGACACACCCCGUCUCCUGUUCACACAGGACACUGAAGGUCAUAAAGUCAUUUCUAACCACUUUCCCCAUGGACAAGGCAAACUGUCUUUGCACAACAGACCUCCCUGGAACAAAAGCAGCACAGUAUCGAGUCCAUCCUGUAAGGACUGUUUUGGGGCUUGUUUUUCUGCAGAGAGAGGGCCUCACAUAGCUCCAGGCAUGAGCUGGUCUGUUCUAGCAGACAUUAGUCAGAAGUCAAGUUGUGACUUGUUAUUUACAGAGGAUUCAGAAGGCAAUAGAGUCAUUAAACACUAACUUAUAAUUGCUCUGUGGGAUAAAUGCCCCCAGUGCCUAGUUACAAAACAAAUUGAUGCAAGCUUGAUGUUUAAAGGUACUUGCUGUGUGUGUGUGUGUGUGUGUGUGUCGCCUAUGCUGGGCAGAACAUGCACAAGCUAUUCUGCAUGCUGGCUGGCUUGCAGUAUGGAGGCCUAAUAAGAAAUACGUGAAAGGAAGACCAUAAUGGUCCAGGGGCUUAACAUUCCCGUUGGCGAAAGAUGUAGCUAUGUCCAGCAGUAUAAGUAAAAGAACCUGCAUGAACUGGAUGGGCAUGGCCUUCUGGGCUUGCUUUUAUUACUGAAUUUUAAGUCAUGCCUCUUUGGAGUGUGGGAGGCCCUAUACCAACUUGUUUCUGCUUUCUGGUAAUUUUGUUUUUUCUUGUAGAA